AUGCCAGAGAUAGUGACCUCAGGGGAUAUACUGUCAGCAGAACACCUAGCCAUACUAGAAGCUCCAUACACUGCAGAAGAGGUAAAAGAAGCACUAUUCUCUAUACCAGGAAGUAAAGCCCCUAGUCUAGAUGGAUUUGGCUCCUAUUUCUAUAGAGAUGCCUGGCCAGUGGUGGGAGAAGAUGUAAUUGCUGCUGUGUUGGAGACACUACAGAGUGGAAGAAUCUUGAAAGAAGUUAAUGACACUAAAAUCACCUUGAUUCCAAAGACAAGGUGUCCUAGUAGUGUGGUUGAUUUAGACCAAUCUCCUGCUACAACACAUUAUAUAAAUGUGUCACUAAGGUUCAUUGUUCACAACAUCAUGGUAGUGCAGGACUUGGUACGACUCUAUGGAAGGAAGAAAGUACAACCUAGUUGUAUGGUUAAGAUUGAUUUACAAAAAGCUUAUGAUACAUUAGAUUGGGAGUUCCUAAAGAAAAUGAUGACACACCGGGGUUUCCCUAGAGAAUUCAUGGGUUUAGUAAUGAACUGUGUGACUAUUCCCAUGUAUUCACUACUGACUGAUGGCAGUAUGGAAGGUUAUUUGAAGCCUACAAGGGGCCCGAGACAAGGAGAUCCCCUGUCGGCCUUGUUAUUUGUGCUCUGUAUGGAGUACUAA